AAAAUGGUAGACGGAAGGAAAUAAUUUGUUUCUCAUGUUUUCGUCAUAAUUUCUCCAAUAACGUCAUUAUCAGAUAAUCGAUUGGAAAUAUUGAUUUGGAAAAGAGUCAUCCUAUAGUUGGAGCUGGUAUUCAUCAGCAGAGGGACUUCUGAGCAAUGUCAACUAACCUGCACAUCCAUUUAGACAUCGAAGACGAGAUGCCACCAAAUGCUGGCAUUGCAGAUCAAUCAAACUCAAGUGCCAGAAUACGAGCACCUCGGUUCAUUCCUUGGGAGCCAACCAAAGCCGCAACUGGUCCUCCGCCUAUCAGCCACAGAAAACAUGGAAAGAAACAGGAUGUGAUUCCGACAAGACCAACUCACAUGACACAUCCGCCUACCAAGAAUCUACAAAAUGCCACACCAACCUCAAAGCCAGACUUAAAACGGCUGUAUCCUAGUCCCCACGUUGUGUAUCAUACUCAUAUUCAUCCCAAUAAUGAAGUAUUGGGAAAUUUAGGAGUCAAGUCGUCCACUGUCCUAGCCAGUGGGAAAGUUGUUCAAAAUACUGGCGACUUUGCAGUAAAACUGCAAGAAAUGGACAGAAAUGUGCUGAAUGAAUCUCAAAAUGACAAUGAAGUGGCCAAAAAUAUAGAAAACUUGAGCAAUAAUGUGAGAAGAAAAAUCCUUCCUGAUGAUUUGAUUCCAGAAAGUCCAGUUUCAGCUGUGAUAGACCCUUUGGAGAGUUCUCAGCUGGAAGUGGUCGGGGAAGCCUUGAAAGUUACUAAACCGAUUAGCGUUGUCGAUCCGAUGAAAAUUGAGGACACGACUGCUAUCGACAUCAAUGACCUGGAGAGUCGCGAGAUUGUGAGGUUACGGCGGAUGAAUGAUAAAUAUAACGAGAAGGUGAAACAGAUACGGGAGGAGAGGAAUGAGCUAAAGAAAGAAUUGGAGGUGCAGUUUCAGGUAAACACUGAACUCAAAAAACUGUUGGUUGCAUCUGUUGGUGAAGAUAUACAGCACAGGGUGGAAAGGCUCGUGAGAGAACGUGCUCAACUGGCUAAUGAAAUCGGCGACUACUGCAAGCGUAUCCAUGACGAUCAUGAAAAUAUUGACAGCGUUUCAAUCCAAGCCGAUAUGUGGCGAUCGAAAUACAUAGCUAGCAGAAUGAUGGUUGACGAGCUCGCGAAUACCAGGUCGCACUUGACCGCCCAAUACAAGGAAUCCCAGCAUGCACUGCAAGGCAUUCUGCGGGAGCGUAAUCAGAUGAGGUCUAAUCUGACCGACACAUACAGGUAUCUCCAUCUAGUGAAGGACUCACUGCAGGCCCACGGCACCAAGAAACACGUCUAUUCCACCAACGUUGUCAGCCUCGUUGAAACCAUACGAGGGAUGGUCGAGGCAAUCAAGUUCCGUCUCAUCGGCAACCCACCCAUGCUGAUGAACGUCUGUGUGUCUGCAGAUGAUUAUACGCCAGCUGAAGUUAUGGCAAUGGAGAUUGUACACAGCCAACAAACCACACUGGAAGGACUGUCAGAUAUUGCUCCCCCAUCGGAGCAGAUGAUACAUGGUUCCAUAUCGCGAUACCAUCCAGUCACAAGAUACGAUCACCUAACGAUAAACUGUUGUAAUCAUUGUAAUGGUGAAAUAUUAGUCAUUUGAAAGCAUUAUUUGUUAAAACGGGUUUGGGUAUUACGCUUUUUAUCUACGGUGCAACGAAUUUAUUGAAUCAUUACGCUGCAUACCAGAGAUCUCCAUUGUUGCAAUUUCUGAUAAUUAUUGCAUGAGAUAAAAAUUUCAUCUGCAGGGGUUGUUGCAGGCUCCUACAAGAAUCAGUCAUCGCUGUGAUUUGCAAAAAUCAGUUUUACCACAGUCAAUAUUUUUGUCACUCAUCGCGUUGAUAAUUAUCACAUGACACUGCAACAAAAAUCUGACGUUUACAAUCUGCUUUUAAGAGAUGUAGCUGCAUUUUGUGAUCAGAAGUGUGUUUUUUGUGAUCAGAAGUGUGUUCAAGGAGCAGACUGAUCCAAUACUGAAGGAGAAUUUGCUCAAGAUAUGGUCAGCUGGUUUGCAUUCCCAGCUCUGCGUCCCAAUGAAUUUAUAUAUUUACAGUAUUGCAUGUAGUAUCAGACUCGGAUAGACUCACUUGGGCAUGUGGGAUGUACAGUUAUAAAAGGAACUUGGGAGGGGGAAAAUAUAUUGAGGUCUUUUCAUGAUGCAAUACAUGAGCUUUUCAGGUAUAGAGUUAGUUCAUCAAAUGUACUCAGAACUCAAGAA